AUGACCGCCUAUAAAACACCAAUUGGCAUGUCUCUGUAUGACCUGGUCUUUGGAAAAGCUUGUCAUCUGUCGCUUGAGUUGGAGCAUAAGGUGAUCUGGGCAUGCAAGAAGCUGAAGUUUGAUUUAGCAAGUGCGAGUAAAGUCCAGAAGUUGCAACUGAAUCAGUUGGCUGAAUGGCGAAGGGACGCCUAUGAAAAUGCCAAGAUUUAUAAGGAGAAAACCAAAAAGUGGCAUGAUGACUGCAUCAAUGACUGGACAAUCACCGAAGGACAACAGGUAUUAUUAUUUAACGCUCAUUUGCGGUUGUUCCCAGGAAAGUUGAAAUCUCGCUGA